AUGGAUGGUCCGCCGCCAUCGUAUAGCGAUGCCAUUAAAGAAUCUGGUGAUGCUGGUAGUGAUUUUUCCAAUUUGCAUGUGACAAAUACGGUUAACGGAUGCAUGAAUGGAUUAUCCCCUGCUUCAAAUUUUAUUUCUCCUCUAAUGCAACCAGCCAUGUCGAAUUCUGCAUCGCAGCCCGCAUCGACUGUUCCAGAUUUUAUUCGUGUGACAACACCAGUCUUUGGACCAAAUCCAAUCGAAAUGGAUUGUCCUUACUGUCAGGCACAUAUCGUCACAGCAACACAACACAUCGCUGGUAUUUUACCGUGGAUUAUUGUCGGUUUAUGCUUUUUGCUUGGAUUUUUUCUUUUAAUACCAUGGUGUCUUUGUUAUUUCGUUUUUUGUAUCGACAGUUGUCUUGAUGUUCAUCAUUUUUGUCCGUCUUGUCGACGUUUUCUUGGACGAUACAGCAAGAUUUAG